GGGUUGGCUGGACCAGUGCUAACGGACUGUCACUGCUGGAGGUCUGAGCUGGCCGACUGCACUCCCUUACAAUCAAGUCUUACCUGACGAAGGUGUUCCAGCUCCCCACCAGCACCUUACUGUGGAUAAACUCGAGUGUAUAAUACUGUAGCAACUUAUCACAACCAUCGCUGACGCUCAAUAUAUUACACAUUCAGGACUCUAUAGCUAAUUAAUAGUGCGAACAAAGGAAAAACAAACGAAACUUUUCUACAUCUUUCUUGUGAAUAAACACCCAGCGUCUUGAAGAUGAGGUUACUGUUUCAUCCUAAGAUGUGGUUGGUGGUGAUCCUGGUGCUGGUGGUGUGUCUUGACCUAUCAGAGGAGUCCCGCCCAAGGCCACCUCCCAGGUAUCCAAUUAGACCUCCACCGCGGCCUCAAUACCGACCUCCCAGGAGACCUCACAACAAACCUAAUGGAGGAAAACCACGUCCUCAUAAGCCUAAGCCGAGCUAUGGUCCUCCUCCAAAGGCUCCACGUCCCAGCUAUGGUCCUCCUCCAAAGGCUCCACGUCCCAGCUAUGGUCCUCCUCCAAAGGCUCCACGUCCCAGCUAUGGUCCUCCUCCAAAGGCUCCACGUCCCAGCUAUGGUCCUCCUCCAAAGGCACCAAGUCCCAGUUAUGGUCCUCCUCCAAAGGCACCAAGUCCCAGUUAUGGUCCUCCUCCAAAGGCACCAAGUCCCAGUUAUGGUCCUCCUCCAAAGGCACCAAGUCCAAGUUAUGGUCCUCCUCCAAAGGCACCAAGUCCUAGUUAUGGUCCUCCUCCAAAGGCACCAAGUCCCAGUUAUGGUCCUCCUCCAAAGGCACCAAGUCCCAGUUAUGGUCCGCCUCCAAAGCUCCAAGUCCUAGUUAUGGUCCUCCUCCAAAGGCACCAAGUCCCAGCUAUGGUCCUCCUCCAAAGGCACCAAGUUCAGGCUAUGGUCCGCCUCCAGCCGCCCCAAGCACUAGUUAUGGAGCACCUGAAGCGCCUUCCAUAGGGUACGGUCCACCGAAGUCUUCUAGCGUUGUCGAAGAAUCCUCAGGUGGUUAUGGGGGAUCCUCAGGAGGCUCCAGUGGUGGGGGUUAUGGGGGA